UGAUAUGAUUAAUAUUUUACGAGAUAUAAAAAAGCAGUUUUGACUAACUGCAGAUUUCGUAAGUAUUUUUCUAGCAAAAAGUGAUCAAGUUAUUUAGUCACUUUUCGCAUGUCAAUAUUAAAUAUAUAUAAAAAUAUUGUUUAAGCAAAAAGUGACCAAGCUAUUUAGUCAUUUAUUACAUGUGUACCAAAAACGUUUGAUUUGUACAGUUGGUACUUGGUCAUUAAAUUAUUAAUAAAUAAUAAUCAUAAAAGUAAAAAAUAUUGAUAAUGAUUGACGUAUAAAAAUAGGAAAUUAUAAAUAUCUAUAUUUUAUAAAUAACAAAUCUAUGGUAAUAAUUCACGUGACAUGGAUAUUAUUAUCACCCAAAAUAUUAUUGAUAAUAUUAUAAACUUAUUUAAUUAUUUACUUGUCAUAGUUGUUAGUUGUUUUUAUAUUUUAUUCAUCAAAAUAAAAAUUUAGUUCACUGAAGUACAGCUAUUUAAAAUGAAUAAUCGAAGUAAAAAGCUUGUUGCAUUGUGCAAAAGUAAUAACAAAUCAAAUAAUGCUAAUCCUCAAACAAUUCAAUCUCUGAAUGUAAUCAAUGAAUCAAAGAUAGUGCAUUUAGAAAAUAAUAUCCAAGUCUCAAGUUCACAGAACUUUAUUAUGAAAAAAUUUCUGAAUGAUGUAAUUACAGUACCAAAAUCAAUUGACAUUGAUUAUCAAAACUAUAGUAACAAUAUUACCUCAUACAAUGAUCAAGACCUGAACAUACUAGAAUCAACUGAUAUUAAUACACAAUCAGUAACUGGACCAUCUCAGAUAGAUCUACCUAAUAAUAAUCUCACAGAAAACAAUAAUAAAGAAACUGAUACAUUAAUUAACAGUAAUACACGUUCAAAUUAUAAUACUAGAUUUCAAUUAAAUAAACAAUAUUCUACUGAUCAAAAUGUACAUAAUAAUAAGAUAUUAUUAGAUAGUAGUGAUGAAUGUGAUGAUAGUGGUGAUGAAUGGCAACCCUAUAAUAAUAAAAAUAAUGCAAUUGACUCUGAUAGUGAUGGUGUGAUAGGGACCUGCAAUGAUGAAAAUAUUUUUGGUGUGAUAAACGUUACAGAAAAUACAGAAAAUAAGAAAACAGGAGAACAGAAUAUAAUUAAAUCAGUGAUAAAUUAUAUUAUUGAUGAAAUUUGCAAUCAAAGUAAAGACACAUUACUUGAAGCAUUAGAUGAAACCGUGAAUAGUCAAAGUAAAAAAUUGGUUAGAAGAGUAAGGGGUGAUGCAAGUAAAUGGAAAAAAAAUGUUAUUUCUAAAGAAAAAAAAAAACUUAAAAAACCUAAGGCUAUUGAUUGUUCCCACUGUAAAUUUAAAUGCUCUAUUAAUUUUGAUGAAAGUUAUAGAAAUGAAGUUUGUAAUAAAUUUUGGGCUUUAGAUUAUAACCGCCAAAAAGAUUUUAUUUUAGCCAAUGUAAAUAUAAAAUCUGUCAAACGCCAUGUCCCAAUAACAAAUAUUAGAAAAGCUAAGGAAAACUCAAAAGUAUAUAGUUUUAAUAAUAAUACAGAACAUAAUAUUCAAGUUUGUAAACAAUUUUUCUUGAAAACAUUAUGUAUUAGCCAUGGGCCUGUAGAUAAAGCAUUUGAAGGAUUAGGCACAGACACUGGAUUAUUCAUGGACCAUGAUAAAAGAGGCAAAGCACCAUCGGUGAAUAAAUCUUCUGAUGAAAUUAUAGCUAAUAUUAAUUCACACAUAGAAAAAUUUCCUACAGUUGAAUCCCACUACUGUAGAUCUACAUCUAAACGUCAAUAUUUAGAUCCAAAUUUAUCUAUAUCAAAGAUGUAUGAGCUGUAUGUGAAAGAAUGUAAUGAAACAGGUCAAAAACAAGUAAGUUUAUCAUUGUAUAAAAAAAUAUUUUGUGAAAAUCAUAAUUUAUCAUUCUUCAAACCAAAGAAAGAUCAAUGUUUAACUUGUGAAAAGUAUAACAAAUCUGCAAAACCUCAAUCCAAAGACAUGGUUAUAAAUUAUGAAAAUCACAUCCGGAGACGUGAUGAAUCUUUUGCUGCAAAAAAAAUUAGAUAA